AUGAAAUAUACAGCAGUCAGCGCGUUUGAGGCUGCUAGAAGAGCCAGAGAACCUGAAUCCAUCCCGAAAAACGAUCUUGCCGCGAGUCUCGCAGAGGCUCCCUAUGAUGGACACCUCGAGACUGGUUCGAACGCCGAAGAUGUUGAUGAAGUUGUGCCAAGUGUGGCGACGGAAUCAAAUCUUCCUCUGUCCACAUGGAGGCCGAAGGGAAAGAAUGUUCUUCGCGACGACGACGAGGUCUGGGAGAUCUCCAUGAAACCAGACGAGACUGUGACUGUCAUUGGAGAGUUUGAUGUGACCGUAUUGUCCGGCGUGGUGUCAGUAUAUGGCGCGAUGCUGCAUCCCAACUCUGUAAGCCAGAGAGUGUACGCUCUGUCGACAGCAGCCCUGCCAGUGAUAAUGGCGAAGAAAGCUACUUCACUCCGCAUCAAGAGUGUGACCCGAUCUAUCGAAUCGCUUGGCAAGUACUCUCCCUUGUUCAGGAACAUCAGCGUACAGGACGAAAAGGGACGCUCGUUCAAGUACCUGGCUUCGCCAAGAGAUGACCCUCUACGAAGGUCUCUGUCGUCACUUGAGAUCUCUGAUGACACUAAGAGAGUCAUUUCCAGAAUCAAUGCGCGACUGGAGGCCAACGAACGACCGCGGAUUCUGGCCGUCGGCGCGAAGUCGUCUGGAAAGUCGACCUUCAGCCGGAUACUUUGCAAUGUGCUCGUUACCAGGCCUGGAGGGCAGAAAGUUGCGUACCUCGACAUCGAUCCUGGCCAGCCAGAGUUUGGAACGCCUGGACAGCUAUCGGUCGUGGAAGUGGGCUCUCCGAUUCUCGGUCCACCUUUCUGUCAUCCGGCCACGACAAGAAGCUUGUCCUACCGGUUGAUCCGAUCGCAUAACAUCGCAGCCACAUCUUUCAAAGAUGAACCAGAUCACUUCAUCAUUUGUGUCAUGGACUUGCUCCGUCAUGUUCCGAAGAGUCUUCCACUCAUUACCAACCCAUGCGGAUGGGUGAGUGGCACCGGUGCUAGCGUUCUGCUUCAGCUGAUAGGCCAACUUCGCAUCACGGAUGUCGUCGUCUUGCACCCGGUCGAGACUCAGCUGCAGAACGACAUAGAAGCCGCGAAAUUGAAUGUACAUGCGGUUGCAAAGCGUCCCGGCGGGUCGUCGACAAAGACACCAGCUGAGUUGAGAUCGAUGCAAACGAUGUCCUACUUUCACCAAAAGCAAAAGACUGCCACUGCCAGCGAUUUGGUCUGGCUCGACAAGUCGAUCAGCAAAAUGCGGCCAUGGAUGGUAAGCUAUGACAGGAUCGAUUCUGGAAUUGCCGCUAUCCUCUCCUACAAUCACGCACCACACCCUGAGUUCCUAGCGGAAGUCCUGAACGGCAUGGUCGUGGCCGUGACGGUGCCUGACGAUGGCCUCAUCGAUCCUGAUAUCGUGAGAAGAACCCCUCAAGAAAGCCUGCCAUACAUGGUGUCUGAUUUGCAUGGUUGCUCAUCACCCGUCGACCCACGUGAGAGUAAUUGCAUAGGGGUGGCUCUUAUUCGUGGCAUUGACACCGAAAACAAGCGAUUGCUAUUACUCACGCCCUUGCACGACGCAGAGAUUGCCAGCCUCAUGCAACGGCAGAUUGUUCUCGUGAGAGGCAGCUUUGAUUGUCCUGAAUGGGCUUUCUUGGAGGACCAAUACUGUGCGACCAAAGCCGCUGCUCGAGCCGUCGACACCGAGAGAAACGCCGGAAACAUGGACGAGCAGCCUUGGGUAACACUCCAGGAGCCAGUAGGGAUAGAAGGAAGCAUUUGGCGGCUCAGACAUCCUCCAACGGCCGCUGAUGUCAUGAAGAGCAUGACUUGA